GCCCAUCCAAGACAAGCGCAGGCUGCAGCUAAAAAAGCUCCAAUGGUGGCAUCUUCAACUGCACACCUUAGAAAAAAUGCCAGCAUCCUGCAUCUUUGACACACACACGCUUUUGAAUCACCAUCCCAUUCACGCCAAGAACCCACCGACUCUUCUCUUUCAGUAUCAGAAUCCCUCACUAUUAAUUCCCUCCAAUUACAACAAUCAUUUUGCAAGUUCCCGGGUUUUUUUCACCAUCCGAUCUGUCUUUUCCAUGUUUCUCUUAUUGCCCUAUAAAUCGAAAUCUAAGUUUUGUUUCUUUAAGUUACGUUGCUCGGCAAUUUUUUUAAUUCAAGAUCCAAUAUAGUGGCACUGUGUAUACAUUGAGUCUUGUUUCUUUAUAUUGUUGAGUCUAUAAAAAUAUCGAUCAAAUGGAGGUUUCUAGCGGAGCUUCUCCUAGAAUGAGUUUGGAUCAGCUGCAAAAGGAGGGAUCUGAAGAAACCCAUCUCCAAAAUUUUGAGCUUGAUUCAUUUGAUUAUAAUGAUAGCCAUAAUCUUCAGUUCUAUUCAACGAGUGCAUUGGAUAUCUUGAGAGAAACAGCGAGGAUUCUCCGAUGUAAUUCAUGGUCGUUUAUGACAAUUGCUGCUUUGCUUAUUUGUCCAGUAUCUGCCAUUCUUUUGUCGAAUGUAUUGGUUGAUCAGUCUAUUGUUAAGAGAUUGAGUACUAGGCUUUUGUUAGUUGCAAAUUCUAGUGGACUUCCAUUGAGGCCUCUUAUCAAACAGCUGUGUCAUCGUUUUGCCGAGAUGGCUGUUUCGUCUGCAACGUGUUUCCCGUUGUUUAUUACCUUGUCUUUGUUAUCAAGAGCUGCGGUGGUUUAUUCUGUAGAUUGCACAUAUUCGAGGAAAGAUGUUGAUGGUUCAAAGUUUUUGGCAAUGAUAAGUAAAAUUUGGAGGAGGAUUGUUUCGACGUAUUUGUGGUCGUGUAUGGUGAUUGUCGGUUGUCUCACGUUAUUCUUUGUUCUUCUUUUAGCUGUUUGUAGCACAUUUUUGGUGCUUGGGUUUUGGCCGGAGUUAAAUCUGUAUGCUGCGAUGAUAGUGGGGCUAGUUUUCUCGGUUAUUUUUGCCAACGCGAUUAUUGUUUGCAAUAUUGCUGUUGUGAUCUCUGUGUUGGUGGAUGUUUCAGGGCCGCAGGCAUUGCUCCGGUCCAGUGUUUUAAUUAGGGGACAGACUCAGGUGGGUCUUUUAAUAUUUCUUGGAUCAACAAUUGGGAUGGCAUUUAUAGAAGGUUUGUUUGAGCAUAGAGUUAAGACAUUGAGUUAUGGAGAUGGGUCUUCCAGGAUCUGGGAAGGUCCUCUCUUGGUUAUUAUGUAUUCAUUUGUGGUGCUUAUUGAUUUGAUGAUGAGUGCAGUUUUCUACUAUAGUUGUAGAUCUCAUGGCAUGGAAGCCUCGGAUGGCGAAUGCCUGGCAAUUUUAGGAACAGUUACUGUUUCUGCCGAAUCUGUGGGCAUUCCAUGACUUGAUCUUGUAAAUCGAUUGACAUUGUAGAGUUUUCUCCAGUUAGUGAAGGCAGGACUUGUAUGAGAACUCUCUACUGAUAAGGAAGUCGCAUGGAACUUCACUUGCCAUUAGCAUGCAAAGAUUAUGGCUGUUGCUAAACUCAGAUGAAUCUCUAGUUUUCUAUAGAAAUAUUGUUCCUGGAAUGCGGAACAUCACAUUCUUGGUAUUCUGCAGGAGACAAAAUAAAACUCAAAACAGGUAUGUGAAGUUUGAUGGGUACAGUAUAGUUGUAAAACAAGAUAAUCCUUGGAGAUAAACCUUUAAAAAUGAUAGUAACAUUUUCCUUUCAUCUGGUGGAAAUCCAUUUCCUAUUAGCUUCUUCUUUUAUUUUUUCAGCUACCUUUUGUCCUUUGCAUAUGCUGUCCUCAAUCAUGGAUGAUCAAAUUUGUCUAGACGUAUUCAACUGCAACUAUGAAUUUGUUAAUAUUUGAGUUCUAUAAAUUAAUUUGUUCAUUGUAUUGGAUGUAGUUUGCCAGUUAUAUGCAUUCUUUUCCGCACAAGGACAUUGCGCGCAUAAGUUUAAAAUGUUGGAAAUGCCUGAUGGACCAAAUGAAAUUCAUGAUUAUCUUGCUCAGGAUUGAUUUUGAUUUCUUUUGGCCUGUUUCCCAAGUCGUUGAGAAAGUGUGUAAUUUCAUAUACUUGUAAUCAUUGUAGCAUUCAUAUGGGCAGUUAGUGAUUAAUAAUUCCGUUUUUUUUCCCGGGUCUUUCACUUUUAAGUCAUUACAUAUAGCUAUUGUCACUCUUGUUGGUUGCUGGAAAAUUUAGGGGAAAGGAUUUCAAAGUAUGCUUCUCAGGUUUUCUUUUUUAAUAACGGAUAUCCCUUAUCAUAUUGAGAUGCAUGCUGGAAAGCAAAACAUCUCUUAAAGAGAAAAUCACAGUUUUUUUUGCUUGUAAGAGACACACCUUCAAUUUGAAAACCAUUCUACUUACUCAUGAACAACCCUAUGGGAUUGAUUUUUUAUUCAUGUAGUUUCAUUGCCUCAAUCACCAGAAUUUUGAGAAUUGUCAUUUAUGCUGUGAAAAUCACCAAAAUUUCAUCCAGGUGGAAGCAAGAUGAUUGAAUUCAAUAGGUCACACUACUUCUCGAAUAUGUUCACCACAGUACCUUUAUUACAAGUAUCCAAACUAUUUUGUUCUUGUUGAACAUAAGCUGGUGCUUGUGCUGCAUGAGGCUUUUGCCGAACAUUGGGUUCUCUAACACCUCGAUCCUUGUUUCAACAUUAAGGAAGUCUACUAGUCUCUAAUUCUUAUGCCCUUUAGAUGAUUUGUUGUUGUGCCAAUUCUAAGAAUCAGGUCUUUACUUCCAGGAGCUUCACUGUUAUUGUUGCACAAUCUCACAGGUAUUUCAAUGCUUGUUGACCCUUCAGGCUCAGUUCAGAUGCCAAUACUUCCAUUACUGGAUUUUCCUUCUCUGAAAACUAGCGAUAUAAGUGAGACAAGAUGAUUUCUCGCAUCUAGACAGUCUAUGUACAGAAAGCAAGGAAAUAAUACAAUACAAUACAAUUCUGCUGGCAGCAAAUUUUGAUGUUUAGUGUUGCAAGUCAUACCCACAAGAUUGAUUUGUUCUUGUUGAACAAAGGUUGAUGCUUCUCGUUGCCUCAUAGUUUGCCGGAGUUCUUGAGGGUUCACAUUAAUGCCAGAAGGUCCUGGAUCAAUAUUGGAGUAAUGCGCAAAGCAAGGCCGAAGGAGCUUAGCAUUAAAAUCAGUGUGAUAGAGGAGAAGAAACUAUGGUGAAAUUUGAUUUAAAAAAAAAAAUGUUAGUAUUGUGAAAUAUUGGAAUCUCUUUUCUAGGUGCCGCUUGAAUUUUAA